AUGGACUCUCAGUUUCCGAUUCUCAAAGUCUUUUGCAAGGUUUUGUUAAUUGGCAAAUCAGGAGUAGGGAAAACAUCAAUUUUACUUCAAUCCACUGAGAAUUUCUUUCCAAGUGAACAUAAGCCUACAAUAGCAGUCGACUGCAGAAUUCGCAAUUCAAUGCAUGAUUCUCGGGUGGUCAGACUUAUGAUAUUUGAUCCUCCAGGAAAAGAGUCAUUAGCAACGCUGACUCCUGCUUAUUGAUAUUCUGUUGAUGCUAUUAUUUUUGUAGUUGAUGACCGAGUUCAGAGCCUUAGGUAUGUAAAAGAUAAAGUGAAUGCGAUUUUUGGAUCCAAAGACGAAGAACUGCUCAAAAAAGUAUUGAAAAUUAUUCUAGUUAAUAAAAAAGAUCUUAUUACUGGAGAGGAAGGGAAAAAUUAUAAAAAUGAAAUUAAAAAUUAUGCAAAUGAAUAUGAUAUGAAGUAUUAUAAAUGCUCUGCAAGUGAUCCUGCAGCUCUAAAUGAAAUUUUUAAAUAUAUAAUUGAUACAUUAUUUUCAAACCCCUCAAAAGAAAAAGCUAAGCAAGCAAAAGAGAAGCUCAAAACUCAGAAGCGUAAAAAUAUAUGCUCAAGAUGCAGCCUAUUUUAG